CUAGUCCCUUGUAUUUUGGGCUUUCUCGUCCAGUUAACUCUCUUUCCUCUUCUGCAAGUAAUCACAUCACAACUCUCUAAAAUCCCACUUUGCAUUCACCCAACAAUUGUCGAAGAAUCUUCUCGAGAAGGCACGAAAGUUUUACAAAUCAGCUUGGGUUCAUUAUUCCUGGAUUUUAUUCGUUCCUUUUCCGUCAGCGGAUGUUAAUUAGACUUGGAUGAUGAGGCAUCCUUUUGAUUUUAAUGCUAAAUCUUCAAUUCAAGUAUUCAACUCAAUGCCUAUAGAGCCCCUUUUUUUGGGGGUCUCUUAUACCUCAAGGUUAUGGAUUCAAACAGUGGAAUUAGCUACCGAUAGUUGCAGUAAAGUUUGGCUGUCUAUAUUACAUUCUUUGGAUGUCGCCUUUCUCCGAACCCAGUAUAAUGCCGGAUGCUUUGCACUGAUAUAUGCCUGUAAUCCCAUCUAACUUCUGAGGUUGUUGGUAUUACAUUAGGAAUUUAGGAUUAAGAUGACUCAAGUUUACUCUAAUUGCCAUAAGUCCCUGACUCCCUUGGUAGCUCCUCAAGGUUGAAGCCAUUAUCUUUGCCCCUUUUAAUUUCUUUGUUGCAUUUUUCAAGCUAACAGAGCAUGGACACUCAGAAAGGCCAAUCUGAAAAGCAGUCUUUACCUACAACCAAUCCAUCUGUUGUUACUUCGUGUCGAAAGAAGAAGAACAAUGAAGCGACUUUCUUGGAGGAUUUGAAAGAUCACAUUGACGAGUUCAUUCAUGCUUCUAUGGAUGAACACAAGACUUGCUUUAAGAAUACAGUUCAGAAGAUGUUUGGUUUAUCUAAGGUGGUUGCUGAGCAGAACGCUAAUGCUGCAAGAGAAGUUGAAAGUUCUUUGCAUAUUCAGACAACUGUACAAGAUUAGUUUUCUUGUAAAGGAAUUGCAUUGUGUUUAGUUGUUUUCACCGGUAAUGUUUUCACAAUCAUCAUUGAAGUUGGUGUAUUCAUUACCAAUUUAGUUAACAAAAUAAAUGUAUGCAAUUAAUUGCCGUUGUGGUAAUCUAAUUGCUCGUUGAAUUGCAUUAGAGCAUCAAUGGUAGAAGAGAUUCAUAACUGCUUUGAGAUGUGAAAAAACUGUUAAACACAGGUCAAGGAGGCCAAACAUAAAAAAUAGUCAUCGUUGCAUUUGUUUUGCUAAAUAGAUGUAUGUAACAAUUUUUUACUGAAACUUUUCCAAUCCACUUCGGAAAAAAUAUUCGGCCAACGAUAAGGAUUUA